GCAGAAAGGGCCCGCGUGUGACAAGCUCACGCGUCCCUAAGAGAAGGCCACACAGCAGCCAAAAUGAGCCAGCCCUAAGUGAAGGCUAGCAUGAUACAGUUGGAAAAAAAGGCUGGGCCCCAGAUGCUGCGGUAAGGUGUCAUAUUUGUCACCAUCUGCCAGGUUGGCAGAUUACUCACUUCAGUCGUCCUACAGACACAUCAACCGGAAAGGAUGAAUCGUGCUGUGCGGAAACUUCUGGUGGUCACGAAGCGCAGUGCGUACGAUCUGUAUGUCGUGCAGCACAAUGACCUGCACGUCAAGACGAUGGUCGAGGCCAAGUAUAAUCAGUUGGUGUGCAACCUUACAGAUAGACAUUUAGCUCAUUCCAAUGCAGUUUCCAAGUGCCACGAAGUGCUUGAGAAGUGUGGCGUGCAGUGGCAGAGCAUUCGCCGCGAUGAACUCCGAGAACCAAUUCAGGGCGUUGAUCUUGUUAUCACUAUCGGUGGCGAUGGGACUAUGUUGGAGACGAGCCACUUUCUGGAUGACAAAAUCCCUAUGAUUGGCAUCAAUUCCGAUCCCACAAAGCAGACCGAGGUGGAAGAGAGGCUACAGGACUAUGAUGCGAAGCGCAGCACUGGUUAUCUUUGCGCUGCGACAACAGAUGACUUUGAGCAGGUGCUGGAUGAAGUACUUUCUGGCACCAGGUUGCCAACGGAGGUUGCACGAAUAAAGGCCACAGUUGAUGGGGCUCUGUGUCUUCCGCCAGUUUUGAAUGAUGUGCUUCUCGCGCAUCCUUCCCCGGCAUCUGUGUCACGUUGUAACUACUACAUCCAGAAGGUCAAAGGACUGAAAGAAGGAGAAGAUGGAGUUUUAGUGAGUCCGUCAAUCCACAGCAGAUCGAGCGGUCUUCGUGUAUGCACAGCUGUGGGAUCAACAGCGGCGACCCGGUCCGCAGGGGGGUUUCGAAUGCCUUUCCUCUCGAAGAAUCUUCAGUAUAUGCUUCGCGAACCCCUCCAACCCCACCCUCGACACAAAAACUAUCUUCAUGGUCUUAUCUUAGAUGAUGAAGUCAUGAAAGUCAAAUGGGGUUCUAGACAAGGGAGGAUUUUUGCGGACGGGUCACAUCUGUCAAGAGAAUUGCAGAUUGGAUCUUCCAUAGAAAUCACAUCCAAAGCACCUGUUUUGCAGUUAUACCCCGGAACUAAAUUGAUUUCCAAAAAAUGAGUGGCCCGAAAAAGGAGUGCUUAUUCUGACACGCUUUUUCAGUGUUUUUACUUGUUACACUCUUUUUUUCCUUCUUCUUUUUCUUGGGAAGAAGGAGGGGGGGGCGCCAUUGCAGGAUUGCAGCUUGAUGUUUCUUUUUUUUUCUGUCUUUUCCCCUUUUUUAUUUUAUAAACUAAGUUAUAUACUUCUCGGAAAGUCACCUUUCCACUACGUACCUAGCACUACUCCUAAGCCCUUACAGGGGACCCCUGCGAGCAUACCUGCAUCUCACGAUCAAGGGGAUGCAUGUUCCCCCGCACCCUAAUCGAUGGUGGUCAGGGAGUAUGUUGGGUGUGAGAAAGAGUGUGUGUGGUGUGUGGGGGAGUGUUCGCCUUAGACAGCGCUCUUACUCGAUGGGGGUGGGGGAAGUAGAAGGAAGGCGCAUCUACUUGCAAAAUGCUUGGACUUUCGUUCAUUUUCGCACAUGCCAAAACUUUUUUAAUUUUGGGUGGAAACAAUGGAAAUCCAUGGAACAACUUCAACAAAAUUCGACUAUUCAA